AUGAGCGAGGACCUUUCCCCGGCAGUUGCUGUUCGAUCGGACAGUAUGGCCCAUGAUAGCAUAAGGAAGGAUCAAUUGGAAGCCUCAGCACACCAGGAGGACGUUUCCAUUGCAACUUCGGACACGCAAGCACCGGAGGCACCAAUUAACUGGCCCGCAUGGAAACGAAAUGCCCAAAUCCUAAUGGUAGCCAUCCACUCGAUGGUAUGCGUGUUCAUGGCCGCCGGGAUCAUUCCUGGAUAUGAAUCAAUGGCUGAGGAGUACAAAAUCACGGUUCCUCAGGCCAGCUAUUUAACGUCUGUCCAGAUCCUCAUCUUGGGAAUUGCCCCAUUCUUUUGGAUUCCCAUUACGAUGCGCUAUGGCCGUUACCACAUCUUCAUGUUCUCGGUGCUCGGCACCAUGGUGUGUAACAUCGGAGGCGUGUUCUGCAAGACAUUUGGCACGCAGAUGGCUACUCGUGCUAUUGCAGCCUGGCUCAUCUCUCCUCCCCUCGGCAUUGGCAGCGGUGUAGUGACGGAACUGUGUUACCCAGAAGAGCGUGCCCGGAAGCUGGGAUGGUGGACCUUGCUGAUCACUAUCGGAAUCCCGGGUGGUGCAUUCAUAAAUGGCUUUGUGGUGCAACACCUAGGAGUAGCCUGGAUAUUUGGGAUAUUUGCAAUUAUGAACGGCGUUCAAUUCAUUGCAUACGUCCUUUUCGGUGAUGAGACCCUAUACGUGAAGGAUGCUUCCGUCUCUCCAAAACCCAGCAAUGGCUGGAGUCGAUUCAUUCCCUGUCGGCUCGACCCUCGCCCCUUCGAACUGCAAAACUUUAUCGCUCCUCUGUUCCUCGGGCGUUUCCCUCGCAUUCUGAUUCCAGGAAUUGCGUAUGGCGUCGAAUUCGCCUACGCCAACAUCGCUAUCAUCGUGGAGACGCCACUAAUCUUCGGCGAGAAAUUCCACUUCAAUGCCCAGCAAGUGGGCUACCAGUUCGUCUCCAUCAUCAUCGGCUCGGUUAUUGGCGAACAAGUUAGUGGACCAAUGUCAGAUUGGUUCCUGAGGUUCCUACAGCGCCGAAAUGGCCAUACUAUCCCUGCGGAUCGUUUGUGGCUUUCAUAUAUUGGGUAUGGCACUGUCUUCACCGGCUUGCUAGUCUGGGGCUUCCAGUUAGAAAAGGCAACCACUUGGAACGUUACACCUUGUAUCGGCAUGGCUAUCGCUGCUUUUGGGAACCAGGUGCUCACUACCAUCCUCAUAUCCUUCGCAGUCGAUAGCCACAAGGAACAUUCCGCCAGCAUCGGUGUUUUCAUCAACCUCUGUCGCCAGAUCUAUGGAUUUUGCGGUCCAUUUUACUUCCCUGAUAUGUAUGCCAACCUCGGGCUAAGCGGGGCUGCUGGUGUUAUGUGCGGUAUCAUUGCAGUGGUGUCUCUGACUCCAGUUCUUUUGAUUCAGCUAAUCGACACAAAGAGACAGCCCCAGCAGGAUUGA